AAGAUGGCCGUGCCUCCCACGUACGUCGAUCUUGGCAAGUCUGCCAGGGACGUCUUCACCAAGGGCUACGGGUUUGGAUUAAUAAAACUUGAUUUGAAAACCAAGUCUGAGAAUGGAUUGGAAUUCACAAGCUCAGGCUCAGCCAACACAGAGACCACCAAAGUGACGGGCAGUCUGGAAACCAAGUACCGGUGGACCGAGUAUGGCCUGACGUUCACGGAGAAGUGGAACACGGACAACACCCUCGGCACCGAGAUCACCGUGGAGGAUCAGCUUGCGCGUGGACUGAAGCUGACCUUCGAUUCGUCCUUCUCGCCCAACACUGGGAAAAAAAAUGCUAAAAUUAAGACGGGAUACAAGCGGGAGCACAUCAACCUGGGCUGCGACGUGGACUUCGACAUCGCGGGGCCUUCGAUCCGUGGUGCCCUGGUGCUGGGCUACGAGGGCUGGCUGGCUGGCUACCAGAUGAAUUUUGAGACCGCCAAGUCCCGAGUGACCCAGAGCAACUUUGCAGUUGGCUACAAGACGGAUGAGUUCCAGCUUCACACUAAUGUGAAUGAUGGGACAGAAUUUGGUGGCUCCAUUUAUCAGAAGGUGAACAAGAAGUUGGAGACAGCUGUUAAUCUUGCCUGGACAGCAGGAAACAGUAACACUCGCUUCGGAAUAGCAGCCAAGUAUCAGAUCGACCCUGAUGCCUGCUUCUCGGCCAAAGUGAACAACUCCAGCCUGAUUGGUUUAGGAUACACUCAGACCCUAAAGCCAGGAAUCAAACUGACACUGUCAGCUCUGCUGGAUGGCAAGAACGUCAAUGCCGGCGGCCACAAACUUGGUCUAGGACUGGAAUUUCAAGCAUAAAUGCAUAUUGUACAAUUGUUAAUUUUAAACUAUUUUGCAGCGUAGCUACCUUCAGAAUUUAGUGUACCUUUUAAUGUUGUAUGUCUGGGAUGCAAGAAUUGCUAAAAAAAUCAUGUUAGACUUCCAGGUUAAAGAUGAUUCAGCUUUAAGGUGUUACAGAUUCAGAGGUACAGAAGAAACCUGAUUCCAAAAAAGGACCUUUCAACAGUACACGUGUAGGAACUUGGUGGCUCCUCUAGGGAUGCCAGGUUCCUUUUUUUAAAAAAAAUCUAGACAUGGCUGCAAGUGGAAGCUGAUGGUGUGUAGGCACUUUGUAAAUCAGCAUUGAGUAUAUGAAUGAAUUGUGACUUUCUGAGAGUCAAACCUUGGUUUCCUAACCCUGAUUGGUGAGAAGCUCGUGGCUUGAUGCUGUGUACAAACUCAUCCGAAAGGGACUUUUUUAGACAGACCUUCACACCCUGUUCCCGCCCCAGCCCCCCAUCACCUCUUUUACACCAAAAGUAGUCCACAGGGUGCAGUAGCUGUUUCUUUUGUGCCAUUUUGGGGUGGAGAGGGGGAUGCAAUGAAGCCAAUCAUUCAGGAUUUAAUUCCUUUUCAUGUCGUGGUUCUUUUGCCCGUGCACCCGUGUAUCCCAGCUGUAAGCUGGGAAACCUGCCUGACUGCAAUGACACAGUGACAACACUAGGAGUCUAAAUUGGGCAUAUGUUGUAUUCUUACCACUCAGUUUAUUUUUCAGCAGUUUAUUGGGUACAUUUUAGAGUCUUCCAUUUUGUGUGGAAUUAGAUCCUCCCCUUCAAAUGCUGUAAUUAACAUCACUUAAGAUAAAACUUGAAUAAAAUAUUGAAACCUCA